UAGCAACGUGUAAACAAGGUGAUAACAAAUAUUGUCGCUGUGAUAAAAUGGAACUAUGGAAUACUGGCAUUGGUUUUAAUUAUAAUGAAUUGUAUUGUCAAUUAAUAGCUAUUACUCCCACUAAACAUCAAACCUUACAAUUGCAAUUAAAAUAUUGCUGCAAUAUUGCACUCGUAAUAAAAUUUAAAGCUUUCAAAUUUAUAUUGCUGCAAGGCUGCCGCAAUGUUAAACAGCAAGCUUUCAAAGCGUAACAUUGCUACAAGUCUUUGUUGCCUAAUAUUGCUGCAAGCUUACAGAAAAAAGGUUACUUAUGGGACUGCGCGCAUGCGCUUUUUAAAUUAUCAAUUGAUUGGUUGUUAACAACCAAUCAACAACGGCCCCUCCAAUUUUAGUACAGCGCUGAACAGAUGGCGUCAUAGAUGGCGUUUUAAGUUAAAACUUUUAACGUGUUUGUCUGUGGGCAUUAAAUUUUGUUUUACAUAUCAUAAAGGUGUUGUGUUUUGUUUUAAUAUAAUAACAACUGUUACCAAGGUUUAACUACUUGUUGGCAUUGCUGUGGGCAUUAAUAAUUAAUUAUUAUUGAAAUAUUGAAAUACUGAAAUACGUAAUAUGGAUGCAACAACUGUUACCAAGAGGAGAAAAACAUUAGGCCAAUUGAAUAAAAAUUACCUUCGUAGAGUGAUCAAACAACAUCAAGUUAAUACAAACCUGCAUCUUGUAUGUAAUCCAAAACAUCGUAUGGUGGCUAAAUCCAAGCUCCAUCCAGGGCACUCUGCUUUGAUUCCUUACAAAAACCCUUUAGAAGAAUGGAAUCAGAACAAUAUAUCGAAUGAGCAAUCCAGAAGCUAUGACAUUUUUCCAAACAACCUUAUAACUAUAAAUACACUUCCUGAAUUUACAACAGCUGAUAGUUCCCAAAAGAUACCUUUGUCUGUAGAAUUGUCCAGAUGGUCUAUAAAAAAUCAUGUUUCACAAAAAACAUUUAAUGAACUUCUUCACAUAUUAGGUCAAAAGCGAUGUUUGGAUGAAUAUCAUUCCUUACCUCUAGAUUGCCGUACACUUGUUACAGUACAUAAUCCAAAUGGUUUCUAUAUGAGCACAGCAAAUGGUCGAUAUUACCAUUUUGGCUUAGCAGUUGGAAUACUUUCGGUGCUAACUGCAAAUGAUGCUGUUAUUACAACAGAAGUAAUAGAUUUUGACAUAAACAUUGAUGGUUUGCCUCUAACAAAAAGUAGCAACAGCCAGUUUUGGCCAAUAUUAGGGUCUUUAUCCAACAUAUUUUCUGAGAAGGUGUUUGUCAUAGGGCUUUUUCAUGGCACUGAAAAAGUUCAAAGUAACGUUGACCUAAUGAAAUGUUUUGUUGAAGAAUAUUUAAAUAUUCAGCGUAACGGAAUUUUUUAUAAAGAUCACGUUUUGCGAAUUAGACUUGACAAAGUGAUAUGUGACGCACCCGCGAAAUCCUUUAUAUUAGGUGUCAAGGGUCACAACGCCUAUUUUGGAUGCACCAAAUGCACUACAGAGGGAACUUAUAUCAAAAAUAGGGUAACUUAUCCUGAAACCAAUGCUUCUUUAAGAAAUGAUGCUGAUUUUGCCAGUGGAGCAUAUGAUGAUUAUUACGUUAGUGAAUAUCCUUUAAAAGAACUUGGUGUAGGUUUAUCAAGAUUUCCUCUUGAUUACAUGCAUUUGGUGUGCCUUGGUGUAAUGAAGAAACUAAUCUCCUUUUGGGUGCGUGGCAAUCAACAUAUGAGAAUGAACAACGAUAGUAUAGAAAAAGUGAACGGCAAAUUGCAAAAAAUACGAAAAAUAUUAAACUGUAAUGACUUUGCUCGUUUGCCUAGAAAUAUUUCUGAAUUUGAGCGUUUUAAAGCAACAGAGUUUCGACAAAUAUUACUCUAUACUGGCCCUUUGAUUUUUAAAUACAGACUUAAAAAUGAACAGUUCAUGCAUUUUUUGGCUUUCCAUUGCGCGAUACGGAUACUGGUGUCUUCUGAAUUAGUCGAAAAAUAUAUUAAUUACGCAGAGGAAUUGCUGCAGUAUUUUGUACGAAAUUUUGGCACUUUAUAUGGACCAGAGAAUGUAACAUAUAAUGUUCAUAAUUUGAUACAUUUAAGUAACGACGUACGAAAAUUUGGCCCAGUUGAUAGAUUUAGUGCAUUUAAAUUUGAAAACUACCUUGGUCAGAUAAAAAAAUGUAUUAAAACAUCAAAUAAGCCUCUUCAACAAUUUGUCAAUAGAACGCAUGAACUCCUUCAGUUUUCUAAUCCUCUAAAAUGCGAUGUUAAAGAUACUAUACUUAAAAAGCAUCAACUUACAUACAAUGAGCCCUUGUUAGGAAAUAAGACAGUUAAAUCUUAUGAUUCUGUACAGUACAAAUCUUUUACUUUGGGUAUAGGACUAAAGAAUAAUCAUUGUCUUAUUGACAACGAAAUUUUUAAAAUUGUACGAAUAAUUCAGUGCACUCAAAGUAACCAGAUUUUUUUGAUUACAAAUAAGUACAGUUCUUUUGAAUCAUAUUUUAAUGAACCCUGUAAUUCUAAAAUAUUUGGCUGUGGUACAGUUGAUAACUUAAAUGAAUUGAAUGAGAUUUGGCCUAUAUCUGGAGAAAUCUAUGUGAUAAUAACUGCUCAUUUAAAUUUACAGCCGUUCUGCGUUAUUGAAUUUACAUUUAAUAGCCAAAUAUUUAUCACAGCUGUUGCUUCCAACUGGUUGAUUUGUUCCAAAACAACCACAGAAUGUUAUUGGCCUAAUUCUCAAACAAACUUACGAAAACUAAUUAAAAAUGCAACUCCUCCGGACAUCAGCGUUUGGACGAAUUAUUCUGAUGUAAUUGUUCAUGGACAAUAUAGUACAUACAAAGAGGCGCUGGCAGCUGAAAAUAAUAUAAUAUUAACGUCUGAAACAGAGAGCGAAGAGCCCAAAAAAAGAUUGGUCAAAGUAAAUCAACGGUACCGUGAUGAUUCCAUAUCGCCACCUCCACGGUUAUCAAAAUUUGAAGGUAAAAAUACAAAUACUGGGAAUAAGGAAAAUGAACUCUUCGGCAAAAUAAAACAGGGCAAAGAGAAACAACAAUUGAGUUGUAAGAAAUUCAAUGUUUCUACACCUUUAAGAUCCAGCCCGCCAUCUGAAGCAUCGACAUCCUCAUCUGUUGAUAUGGAAGAUAAGGAAAGCAAUUUCUAUGUACAAAGUAAUGCCAGCAGUGAAAAUUUAAUUAUUUUCGAUAUACCAGAGGAAAUUGCGCCAUUACCAGAGAUUCAACUGCAAAGAAGCCGGGAAAACAAUGAUGAAAUAUUGCUUAAAAUUUCGAAUCAAUAUGUUGAAUUUAUGGCAAAACUUAUUGAAGUCGAACAGAAGGUGGACCUUAUUUUGGAAAGAACUGGCAUAAGUUUAUCCGGCAGCACAGAUCUUCUACCCAACUUGCCAUUGAAAAGUGUAGAUGAAGUAAAAGAAUUUGAGGACCUCCUAUUAAGUCACGACGAAUGUCCAAAACAAUAUGUGACUUGCUUAAAAAGAGUUGGGGGAAGAGAUCUGGGAGAUUGCAUAAAAAAUGUAAUGAACAAAACCUUUACCAAUAAUGCUGGCCAGUACUGCAGCUGGACUGGGAAAGGGGGUAAUUAUAAACUGGAGGGGACAACUAUUCUGAAGACUAUAAUAGAUUCUAUAAAACAAAUCAGGACAGAAUCGACGGACACUGAUAUUAAAGUUAAAAUAAUGAACUGGCUUCAGUAUGCAGGAGUACGCCACAACCGUCAAAAAAAUUGAGAAGAAUUUUAGUUUUUAGUAUUAUUAUUAUUUUUCAGUAUUAUUAUGAUUUAGUUUACACUUAAUAAAAAUUUAGUUUUUUUAAUCAGCAUUAUGUUUUUGAUUUAGUUUAUACAGGGUAUCUCAGAGAUAAGGAGAUUCCUUACACCAAAAUAAGUCAAAAAACUCUUUACAAAUACUUAAAAA